ACCGACAAGAUGGCGGCGGGUGGGAGCGGCGGGCGCGCGUCGUGCCCGCCGGGGGUCGGCCCGGGCGCGGGGGGCGGCCCCGGGCCCAGCGCCAACACCGCCCCGGCCCCCGGCAACGCGGCCGCCGCCGCCGCCGCCCCGGCCCCCGCUGUCCCCGGGCCGCCCCCGCCGGUGUCGGUGUCGGGGCCGGGCGCGCAGGCCGCGGCGGGCGGGGAGCGGGCGGCCGAGGAGCCGGGGGCGGCGGCGCUGCUCCGCGAGCCCGUCUACAACUGGCAGGCCACCAAGCCCACGGUGAAGGAGCGCUUCGCCUUCCUCUUCAACAACGAGGUGCUCUGCGACGUGCACUUCCUGGUGGGCAAGGGGCUCGGCGCGCAGCGCAUCCCGGCGCACAGGUUCGUGCUGGCUGUGGGCAGCGCUGUCUUCGACGCCAUGUUCAACGGGGGAAUGGCCACCACGUCCACCGAGAUCGAGCUGCCCGAUGUGGAGCCGGCUGCCUUCCUGGCGCUACUCAAGUUUCUCUACUCAGAUGAAGUUCAGAUCGGGCCUGAGACGGUCAUGACCACGCUGUAUACUGCCAAGAAGUACGCGGUGCCUGCUCUUGAGGCCCACUGUGUGGAGUUCCUGAAAAAGAACCUGAGGGCUGACAACGCGUUCAUGCUGCUGACGCAGGCAAGACUUUUUGAUGAACCACAGCUUGCCAGCCUAUGUCUGGAGAACAUUGACAAGAACACGGCUGACGCCAUCACAGCUGAGGGCUUCACGGACAUCGACCUAGACACACUGGUGGCGGUGCUGGAGCGGGACACGCUGGGCAUCCGAGAGGUGCGCCUGUUCACAGCCGUCGUCCGUUGGUCCGAGGCUGAAUGUCAGCGGCAGCAGCUGCAGGUGACGCCCGAGAACAAACGGAAGGUUCUGGGCAAGGCGCUGGCCCUCAUCCGCUUCCCACUGAUGACCAUUGAGGAGUUCGCUGCAGGGCCCGCGCAGUCGGGGAUCCUGGUGGACCGUGAGGUGGUCAGCCUCUUCCUGCACUUCACCGUCAACCCCAAGCCACGUGUGGACUUCAUUGAUCGGCCACGCUGCUGCCUCCGCGGGAAGGAAUGCAGCAUCAACCGCUUCCAGCAGGUGGAGAGCCGCUGGGGCUACAGCGGCACGAGCGACCGCAUCAGGUUCUCGGUCAACAAACGCAUCUUUGUGGUCGGCUUCGGGCUCUACGGCUCUAUCCACGGGCCCACAGAUUACCAAGUGAACAUCCAGAUCAUCCACACGGACAGUAACACGGUUCUGGGCCAGAACGACACGGGCUUCAGCUGUGACGGCUCUGCCAGCACCUUCAGAGUCAUGUUCAAGGAGCCGGUGGAGGUGCUGCCCAACGUCAACUACACGGCCUGUGCCACGCUCAAGGGCCCAGACUCCCACUAUGGCACCAAGGGCCUGCGCAAGGUGACCCACGAGUCGCCCACAACGGGGGCCAAGACCUGCUUCACCUUCUGCUAUGCGGCCGGGAACAACAAUGGCACGUCGGUGGAGGACGGCCAGAUUCCAGAAGUCAUCUUCUACACCUAGGCCACUGGCCCGGCGCCCCCCAGCCUAGGCAGGCCGCCUGGCCCCACUGCUGUGCCUGCCGCCCACGCCGCUGCCCCCCACAGGGCCAGGAGGGCUCCUCUCUGCGUGCGGUGAGCUGGCUGCCUAUUCCAAGGUGAUGGAGGGGUGGGCAGGGCGGCAGAGACAAUCCCCCUCAGGACUUGGGGGGCAGGGUCAGCCUAACCCCGCCCUGAGCAGAGGGUCCGCCCACCCACCACCCCUGCAGCCCCACUCAGGGCUGGUGUAGGGUGUUGCCUCCUGUUUGUUUCAGCUGCACAUGGCAAUGCAUCCUGAAUUCCCGUUUCUCUGGUAGGAGAGCACGUGCGGGGCCCUAGCUGGCAUGGGGGGCUUGUGUGCCUCUGCUCUGUUCAGUGGGGAGGCUCAGGCCCCCCAACCUGCCCGAGAAUGAGGGCUCAAGCCCUCCCAAGGUCCUGCAGGCCGGCUUCCUGCCAGGCCCAGGCCCUGCCCCUGGGCCCAGUAAAGGACCAUCUGUGUCCAGCCUCCCUGGAUGCCCCUCCCCGCCCCUGCAGCUGUGGACGCGGGCGGCAGACCGGGUCUGCCUGGGAGGGGCGAUGUUGCGGGCCAGCCAUGGUGGCCACGUCCCCACUGGCCCGCCUGCCCACCCUGUAGCCCCACUCCCAGCCCCCAGCAAGUACUCUGCCCAAGGUGCUGGAGGGUGCAGCCCCUACCCCACCCCCAUGCUUCCAUCUGGAGCCUGUGUCCUCCCCGAAGCCAUGGAAGGUGUGUCUGCACACCACACCCCAAAUGUUUUUGUUUUUUUUUUUUAAAUAAAGGAAAGAAACGUAUAA